UGGGGCUGGAUAGAUUGGUGCGUUAAACCCGUCAUGUCACCAAUUAUUGGAUUAGCGUGUAAGUUUAAAACAGAAGAUGUAUCCCAAGUGGCCGUUUUUACAGCUUGUCUACCAGCAGAUACAGAGUUAGGUUCUACAAAACUGCUGAGUGUGUUUUGCAGUUCAAGUAACGCGACACGGAAGCACAUUAAGGAUGAGGAGGGAUUGUUGUUAGAGGAAGAAAGUGCUAGGGGCAACAUGCUACCACACGAAAGGGCUUAUAUGUUUCUUUCAAAGGGUGUGGUUCAGCCGGCCGAGGUCUCGGAUUUGGAAGAUUUUUUUGUCAGGUUUGAAAAGCACGAUUCUAUAAAGAGGAAUUUGAGGGUGCAUGUUGUCGACAAAGGAUGGCUAAAAAUAGAGUUUUACAAGAGCAGAGAAAAGAGGCCAGACAAUCAACUGUGCAAACUAGAAAUGGAUCUCCCCCCUCGAAAAAGAGACAUUGAGGUAAAGAACAACGUUUGAAAGACGUAGCUUGGACCGUCUAACUGACUUGA